AAGCAAGAAGGGCAAGAAGCACCCAGAAAAACAGAAACGCGGCCCGGACGGCGAAGAGCAAGAGCGCAAGGACCAGAAGGAAGGAGACAGGGGAGAAGAGAGCAAAAGAACGCCCAGAAGAGAGCGAAAACAGAGCAAAAGGGCAGAGAAAACGAACCGAGGGGAGCGCGAGAUAGAGGGCAGGCGGGGAAACGGGGCACAGAACGCGGAAAGCGGGACAGGGGGGGAGGGCGACGGGAGGGCGCGGAAAGGCGCGGGGAGAGAGGGAAGGGGGAGAGGGGGGGGGGCGGACAGAAGAGGGGGAAGAGGGGGCGGAGGAGGGGGGAGGGCGCGGGAGAGGGGACGGGAAAAAGGGAAAACGACGGGCGGGAGGGGGGGCAAGAAACGGAGAGAACAGGGAGCAAGAGGCAAGAACACAAGCAAGAAGGCAAAAGGAAAAGGGGGGGGGGGGGGAAGGAAGAAGACACGAAAAAAGGAGGAGGGAAGAGAAGAACGAGAGAAACCGAGGGAACCAAAGAAACCAAAGGCGAAGGAGAAGGAGAGAAACCGAGGCGCGGAAGACCAAAGGGAGAGGAACCGAGGCCAAGGGGCAAAGAAAGAGGGAAGAGGGGCCCAAGAAGGCGCGCAAAGGAAAGAGAGAGAGGGAGCAAAAGACCGGAAACCGCACGAGAAACCCGGGGGCGCGAAGCCGCAAAGACGGGGAAGAAGCCCAGGGAGCGGCAAGGACCGCGAGGAGGCAAGCGGCAAGCAACGAGAGGCGGAGCGAGGGGCCGGCGAGGCAAGAACGAGGCCACGAACCGAAAGCGAAGGGGGAAGAAAGGAAGAGGGAGGCGAGGCCACGAAGCAAGGGGCGAGGCGAGGCCACGACGAGCCACGAAGGGAGGCCACAAGGAGCCAGAAGGGGCGGACACAAGGGGAAAGAAAAACGGAAGAAGGGGAGGGAAGGAAAGCCGCCGCAAAACGGAGAGGGAGGGGCCCGAGGGAGAGGGAGAGGGCAGCAGGGGAAGCGAAAGACAAGGGGAAAAAGAGGCCGAAACCGAAGCGAGAAAACAAGGAAAGAGAGGGGAGGGAGAAAAGGAGGGAAGGAAGCCGGGCGAAAGACAACGAGGGGGGCGCGGGAGGCCAAACAAGGGAAAGAAGGAGGACCAAAAAGAAGAGGGCGGAGGGGGCCGAAGGAAGCACCAAAAGCAGCACGGAAACAAGGAGAAAAAGCGGGAAGGGCGGCAGCGGGGCAAAGGGGCGGGACGGGGAGGGCCACCAGCGGGGAAGAGCACCAAGGAAGAGGGGCGGAAGGGGGGACGGGGCCGGGGGAGGGGCCCAAGGGGGACGCGGAGGGAGCGGCAGGAGGGGGGGCCGCAGCAGCCGCCCCGGCGGGAAAAGGAGGCGACCGCGAAGCGGGAAGCAGGGGCGGCGAGCCAGGAGAGCACGGGAAAGGGGCCACGAGAAGACGGGCCGCGAGCGAAGGGAAGGAGGAGGGGGCCGGGGGGGGCCACCAAGGAGGCGGGAAGGAGGGAGGGAGGGGCCGGGGGAGGAGCCCACGAGAGACCCGGAGGGGAGGCCAGGGGGACGGGGGCCGAGGAGGCGCCCAGGCGGGAAAAGGAGGCGGCCGCGAAGCCAAAGCGGCAAGGAAAGACAAAGGAGCAAGCGCACGGGCGGGGGAGCACGCGCAGGGAACGGGGCGGGGGAGGCGGGACACGAGGCGCGCCAAGCAGCAGCCGACAAGCAACAAGGAAGGCAAGGAAGGCGAAGGACACAGCAGGGAAGGGAAACAGGCGGGAGAGGGAAGAGAGGCAACAAAAGGAGACAGAGGAAAGGGAGCCAGCGGGGGGGAAGGGGCAACAAGCACAACAGCGGGCCGCCGAGAGCGGAAGGCGAAACCAAACACAAAAGCCAGGGAAAGAGCAAGGAAGGAGGGAGAGGGAGGGGGGGGGAAGGAGCACAAGGAGGAACAGAAGAGGCGACAGCGGGGGCGGCGGGGGCCAAGGAAAAGAGCCAGGCAAAACAGCAGCACGCGGGGGAAAACCAAAGGGGCCGGAGGGGAAGCAACAAGGAAACCAGGGCCCAAAACAAAGCAAAAAGGGCCAAGCCCAGGGACGGGGAACCAAAACCCCGGGAGCAAGGAGGAGGGCACAGAAGAAGGGGGCAAAGGGGCCGGAGAACGGCCAGGGAGGCCGGAGCGCGAGCAAAGAAAGGGGGAGGAAAAGCAAAAGGAAGGAAGCGCGGAGGGAGGGAGGCAAACAAAGGGCGAACACAGCGAGCAAGGAGGCAGGAAGAGAAACAGGGCAAAGCAAAGCGAGAGAAGGGAAGAAGCAAGAAGGGCAAGAAGCACCCAGAAAAACAGAAACGCGGCCCGGACGGCGAAGAGCAAGAGCGCAAGGACCGGAAGGAAGGAGCAAGGGGAGAAGAGAGCAAGAGAACGCCCCAGAAGAGAGCGAAAACAGAGCAAAAGGGCAGAGAAAACGAACCAGGGGAGCGCGAGAGAGAGGGCAGGCGGGGAAACGGGGCACAGAACGCGGAAAGCGGGACAGGGGGGAGGGCGACGGGAGGGCGCGGAAAGGCGCGGGGGAGAGAGGGAAGGGGGAGAGGGGGGGGGGCGGACAGAAGAGGGGGAAGAGGGGGCGGAGGAGGGGGGAGGGCGCGGGGAGAGGGGACGGGAAAAAGGGAAAACGCGGGCGGGAGGGGGGGCAAGAAACGGGAGAACAGGGAGCAAGAGGCAAGAACACAAGCAAGAAGGCAAAGGAAAGGGGGGGGGGGGGGGAAGGAAGAAGACACGAAAAAAAGGAGGAGGGAAGAGAAGAACGAGAGAAACCGAGGGAACCAAAGAAACCAAAGGGCGAAGGAGAAGGAGAGAAACCGAGGCGCGGAAGACCAAAGGGAGAGGAACCGAGGCCAAGAGGCAAAGAAGAGGGAAGAGGGGCCCAAGAAGGCGCGCAAAGGAAAGAGAGAGAGGGAGCAAAAGACCGGAAACCGCACGAGAAACCCGGGGGCGCGAAGCCGCAAAGACGGGGAAGAAGCCCAGGGAGCGGCAAGGACCGCGAGGGGGCAAGCGGCAAGCAACGAGAGGCGGAGCGAGGGGCCGGCGAGGCAAGAACGAGGCCACGAACCGAAAGCGAAGGGGGAAGAAAGGAAGAGGGAGGCGAGGCCACGAAGCAAGGGGCGAGGCGAGGCCACGACGAGCCACGAAGGGAGGCCACAAGGAGCCAGAAGGGGGCGGACACAAGGGGAAAGAAAAACGGAAGAAGGGGAGGGAAGGAAAGCCGCCGAAAACGGAGAGGGAGGGGCCCGAGGGAGAGGGAGAGGGCAGCAGGGAAGCGAAAGACAAGGGGAAAAAGAGGCCGAAACCGAAGCGAGAAAACAAGGAAAGAGAGGGGAGGGAGAAAAGGAGGGAAGGAAGCCGGGCGAAAGACAACGAGGGGGGCGCGGGAGGCCAAACAAGGGAAAGGAAGGAGGACCAAAAAGAAGAGGGCGGAGGGGGGCCGAAGGGAAGCACCAAAAGCAGCACGGAAACAAGGAGAAAAAGCCGGGAGGCGGCGGCAGAGGGGCAAAGGGGCGGGACGGGGAGGGCCACCAGCGGGGAACAGCACCAAGGAAGAGGGGCGGAAGGGGGGGACGGGGGCCGGGGGAGGGGCCCAAGGGGACGCGGAAGGGAGCGGCAGGAGGGGGGGCCGCAGCAGCCGCCCCGGCGGGAAAAGGAGGCGACCGCGAAGCGGGGAAGCAGGGGCGGCGAGCCAGGAGAGCACGGGAAAGGGGCCACGAGAAGACGGGCCGCGAGCGAAGGGAAGGAGGAGGGGGCCGGGGGGGCGGCCACCAAGGAGGCGGGAAGGAGGGAGGGAGGGGCCGGGGGAGGAGCCCACGAGAGACCCGGAGGGGAGGCCAGGGGGACGGGGGCCGAGGAGGCGCCCAGGCGGGAAAAGGAGGCGGCCGCGAAGCCAAAGCGGCAAGGAAAGACAAAGGAGCAAGCGCACGGGCGGGGGAGCACGCGCAGGGAACGGGGCGGGGGAGGCGGGACACGAGGCGCGCCAAGCAGCAGCCGACAAGCAACAAGGAAGGCAAGGAAGGCGAAGGACACAGCAGGGAAGGGAAACAGGCGGGAGGGGAAGAAGGCAACAAAAGGAGACAGAGGAAAGGGAGGCCAGCGGGGGGAAGGGGCAACAAGCACAAAAGCGGGCCGCCGAGAGCGGAAGGCGAAACCAAACACAAAAGCCAGGGAAAGAGCAAGGAAGGAGGGAGAGGCAGGGGGGGGGAAGGAGCACAAGGAGGAACAGAAGAGGCGACAGCGGGGGCGGCGGGGGCCAAGGAAAAGAGCCAGGCAAAACAGCAGCACGCGGGGGAAAAGCCAAAGGGCCCGGAGGGGAAGCAACAAGGAAAGCAGGGCCCAAAACAAAGCAAAAAGGGCCAAGCCCAGGGACGGGGAACCAAAACCCCGGGAGCAAGGAGGAGGGCACAGAAGAAGGGGGCAAAGGGGCCGGAGAACGGCCAGGGAGGCCGGAGCGCGAGCAAAGAAAGGGGAGGAAAAGCAAAAGGAAGGAAGCGGGAGGGAGGGAGGCAAACAAAGGCGAACACAGCGAGCAAGGAGGCAGGAAGAGAAACAGGACAAACAAAGCGAGAGAAGGGGAAGGCAGGCGGGGAAAGAAAAGGGAGGAAAGAGGGACGCCCCGGCGGGCGCGGGCGGAAGAGCCGGGGAGGGACCAAGAGAGGGGGCACGGGGACACCGGGGGCGGGGCGGGCCACGGGAGCCACGGAGGGGGGCCCGGGGGGGCCGACAAACGAAGGGAGAGGACGGGGAGGGGGGAGGCCCAAGGCCAAACAGGGAGGGGCCACGGGGCGCGCGGGGAGGGCGGCCGGCGGGAAGGCGGGGGGAGAGCGGGCAGCAAGGCAAGGGAAGGGCGGCGACGGGGGAGGAGACAAACGAGGCAAGACAGAGGGAACGCCAGGCAGGGGAAACACAGAAAGGGGGCCGCAGGCCAGCAGAACGGAGGGGCGGCAAAGGGCAAGGGGCGACCGAACAAGAGAGGAGCAGCCGGCAGGGGGAGAGGAGCACACAAGAGGGCAGCAGAGGAACGGGGAAGAGAGAAAGGAAGAAGAGCGGGGGGGGACGCGAGCGGCGCCGACAGCAGGGAACCAGGGCAAACAAGAAGGAGGGGGAGGAGGAAGCAAAGGGAACGGGGAAGAAAGGGAACCAGAGCGGCCACGAGCCACAGGGGGGCAACGGCGAGAAGCGAGGACCAGAGCACAAGCAGGCGCGGAAGGGACCCGGGAGCGACAAAAGAGAGGGGCGCGGGGAGACGCAGCGGCGGGGAAAGGGGGAACAGGCAAAACCGCCGGAACAACAACAGGAGGACGAGACGCACGAGCAACAGAGGGAGAAGCAGAAAGCGAAAGGGAGGAAGGGGCGCCGCGCAACAGGGCAGGGGGGGGGCAAAAGGGGCACAGACCGCAGCCGCAGACGGAGAGGAAGAAGGGGAGCAACGCGCACAGCAAGGGCAACCACCACACAAGGAGGAGCGACACCGGCCACCAGCAGGAAGAGGGGAGCCGAGAGGGCAAAGGAGCCAACAGCGGAAGGCGGAGGGAGGAAACAGGAAACAGGAAAGGCCGAACGGCACCGGGGAGAAAGGACCAACCGAAGACAGAGAAGGGGAGAAGGCGGGGGAAACGCGGGGGAGGGAAAGCAAGAGGCGGAGCGGACAAAAAGGAGGCGAGGGGCGACAGCGGGGAAGGGGGAGGCAGGAGCGGGGGGCGAAAAAGAAAGAGAGAGAGAGGGGCGAAGGGGAGGCCCGAGGAAGCGGGGGGGCAAGGGAGGGAAGAGAGGCGCCGAACCGGGCGGCCGAAAGCGGGGGGCGAGGAGCGGGAAAGAAAAGGGCAGGGAACGGGGCAAGGAACAAAGGCAGGGGAGGAGGACGCACCAAACGAGAAAGAGGGGGCGGAAACAGGGAGACAGACAGGAAGAAGAGACAAAAACGGGGCGCGGGGCGGACAGGGAGGGAACGGAGAAAGGCGAGGGGGAAGGAGGAGGCAGAGAGAGGACACCCGGGAGGAGGCCGGGGAGGCGGCACGGGAAGCGGAAGGCAAAAAGCAAAGAGAGGAAAAGGGACAAGGCCAACAAAGGGGGCAGCAAGAGGGAACAACACGCGGGCACCCCGCAAAGGCGGGAGGAACAGCCGCCGCCAAGAGAGGAGGCACGAGACAAAGGGAAGGAAAAGGGAAGGGAGGCAGGGAGGCCGCAACAGGAGAGAGAAGGGAGGGGGAGAGAGGGAAGGGAGAGGCCACAGAGCGCGGGAGGGCCCGAACAAGAGGGGAGGGAAGAGAACAAAACAAGCGGAAAAGGGGCGGCGGGGCGGGAAGAGAAGGCGGAGGAGGAGGGAGGGGACCAGGGGGAAACCCCCAAGGAACAGGGGAGGAGAGAACCAGGCAGACCGGGAGAGGGGAGGCGAAAGAGGCGGAGAGGGAGGCGAGGCAGACGGGGGGGGGAAGGAGGGGGGAAGGGGCACCCGGGAAAAGAAGAGGAGGCGCAAAGAGAAAAGAGAGGGGGGCGAAAGGGGCAAGGAGAGAGAAGGCGGGGGCGAGGGGAAGAGAGGCGAGAAGGGGCACAAAGGGGGCGAGGGCAGCGAGGGGGAAAGGGCGCCAGGGACCGGGGCGGAAGCAGCCGAAAGCCGGAGGGGGGCAAGGGGGAACGGAGGCAGGAGAAGCGAGAGGAACCAAACAGGAGCGGAGGCCGGGAGCGAGGAACAGGGACGCGGAGGAAAGCGGGGGGGAGAAGAGCCCAAGGCAGGCGGCGCAGAGCGGGGAGGGAGACCAGGGCAAGGGGACAGAAAAAGAAGGGCGGAGGGAAGGAGGAACACGGAGGGGGGCACAGGAAGGGAGGGACAGAGGGCGGGCCGCGGGGGGAGCCGAAACAAGGAGAAGAAAGGCAAGGGACAGGGAGGCAAGCGCGCAAACCAGCCGCAAAGAAGGAAGAAAGCAAGAGAGAGAAAAGGGGAACCGCCAGGGGGGGAAGGGCAAGCACCACGCCAAGCCGCGAACGCAGGGGGGAGCCAAACAAAGGGACCACAAGCAGGGAGACAGGGGAAAGGACCAGCCCAAGGGGGCAAAGGGCAACCAGCGCGGGGCGAACGAAAAAGGAGAGGAGAGCAAGAGAAAGGAAGGGGAGGCACGGGAGACGCACGGGGAGGCCAAAAGCAG